CUCGAAUUACAUAUAGAAAUACUGCCAAUAUACUAGUACACCUUAGACUCCCCUCUUGAUAUAGAUUUCUUUGAUAUAGAGGUUACGUUAGAGCACCAUCUUAAAGUCAUCAUGAGCAAACGAUACCACUCAGACAACAAAGAUGCCUCGCCGUUGGGGCAGCCUCUCAAAUUCGAGUUCAGCGGCAAGACAGCGCUGAAUAGGUUUCUCAAGGCAGCAAUGACCGAACGGUUGAGUUCAUGGGAUCCUGAGCAUAAAGAGAAGAGAGGUGUGCCCUCGAAACAGCUCAUCAAUGUGUACAAGCGUUGGGGAGAAGGCGGACUCGGAUUGAUACUCACGGGCAACAUCAUGGUCGACUACCAUCAGUUGGAGGCGCCGGGUAAUCCGAUCAUCCCGCUUGAAGCCCCGUUCGAGGGGGAAAGGUUCGAAGCAUUCAAAGAAAUGGGCAAGCAGGCCAAAGCCCACGGCAGUCUCACAGUCGGACAAGUCAGUCACCCGGGACGACAAGUCGAAGGGCGGAUCAACCCAGACCCGAUCUCUGCCAGCGAUGUUCAGCUCGAGGGUGAGGUCAUGGGCAUGAGAUUUGCGAAACCUCAUGCCGCCUCGCUGGACGAGAUCAAGGACAUCAUCAAUCGCUUCACACAUGCGGCCGAGUACCUGCACCAGGCUGGCUACGACGGCAUUGAAUUACAUGGUGCCCACGGCUACCUACUUGCUCAGUUCCUGUCUCAGACGACGAACAAGCGGACCGAUCAAUACGGGGGUUCCAUUGAAAACCGUGCUCGGAUCAUUCUCGAGAUUGCACAAUCGAUCCGGCAGAAACUUCCUGGUUCGUCAGGCUUCAUUAUCGGCAUCAAGAUCAACUCUGUCGAGUUCCAAGAGGGUGGCUUCUCAACAGAGGAAGCGAAGGAAGUCUGCGCCAUGUUGGAAAGGGCAGAGUUCGACUUCGUAGAACUGAGCGGUGGGACGUACCAAUCGCUCGCUUUUGCACACAAGCGCGAGAGCACCAGGAAACGCGAGGCGUUCUUCUUGGACUUCGCCGACAAGAUCACCCCCGGCCUGAAAAAGACCAAGACGUACGUCACUGGCGGAUUCUUGACCCUCGACGGGAUGGUCAACGCUCUGAAGUCAGUGGAUGGUGUUGGCCUUGCCAGACCGGUCUGUCAAGAGCCACACCUGGCUAAAGAUAUGUUGGAAGGAAAGAUCAGCGGCGCUAUCGAGCAGCAAGUCGACCGAGACAAUUUCGGCCUCACCAAUGUCAUUGCCGGAACCCAAAUUCGACAAGUCGGCAAGGAUCAGGAGCCGAUUGACAUGUCCGUGAAGGAGAACGUGGACCUUUUCAUGAAGGACAUGGGCAAAUGGGGCGAGAAGAUGAGUAGCGGCGAUGCCAGCAAUUACGGGUAUGUCGAUAUUGAGAGCGUGAAGUCGAAGCCUUAUGGCUCGAUUGCUACAUAGGUCGACAGGAAUAACUGCUAGAUAGAAACCGAAUUCAGGAUAUGAAUUUCAGCUUUGCAA